AUGGCAGGCUCGGCAGCAUCGCUGACGUCGCUGCCAAGGGAAGUCCUGAAGUGGAUCCAAAGCCUGGACCUCUCCUACAGCGUCCGAAACGUGAAGCGAGACUUCUCGAACGGAUUUCUCGUAGCCGAGAUCUUCUCGAGGUAUCACGCGCAGGACAUAUCGAUGCACAGCUUCGAUAAUGGUCUCAAGGCGGCCACAAAGAAUGACAAUUGGGAGCAGCUCUUCAGGUUCUUCCGCAAGCACAACUACCCCAUCUCACGCACGGACUUCGAUCCCGUCAUGGAGAACCAGCCAGGGACGGCCGUCGCUCUUCUUAUCAAGGUGUACACCUUGCUCACGAACAGGACGGUGCCGAUCUUCGUCAGUGAGGAUCUCCCAGACACCAUGGAGAGCGCUUCGCCCAGUCAGAAGAAGGCCGUGGAGGCGCCGUUGGAAGCUCCUUCCAGCGAGAUGCCGCCUUCGGAGGAGAGCCCGCAACAUGUGGGAGGGGACUCGGCCUCAGGGGCCUCGGGUCCAGAUGCCUACCACAUCUUCCAGGCUGCCCGGCAGAAGAGGCCAGCAGAACGCUCCGUUCCCAGGGCCGUCUCGGAGCGGGGCGAAGCGAUACCUCUGGACAUCCCCGAAGUUUCAUCACGCUCACUGACCAGGAAUGUGGCGCAGCUCCGAGCACAGCAGGCCCAGGCCAACAUGCAGAAGAGCUCUGUAUCUACAAGCCAACAGAAGGCGACGGGGGCUGUUGAGAACAGCCCGUUGACCCCACGGCUGGGCCUGGGCAUCGCGGUGAAGCCCGUAAUGGACAUCAUGCGGCCAACGGUAGCGGCGAUACUCCAGGAGGACGAUCAGGUGAUGAAGUCGCUGGAUCCGCGUAAGGACGUCUUGGUCUCGUUUAUGGAGCUGUGCCGCACUCAUGUGCCGCAGCCAAUCGUCGUGCGUGUCUUUCACACACUGUCGGGCCAAGUGCAUCAGCUGGUCGAGACUGCACUGAAGUCACCAGCUGAGUUCUGGCGCGUCUGGCGACUGCUGAGUCCUACCUUGGUAGAGUUCAGCGAGCGAAAUCCCGUCUUCGAGAGCGUCGUCACCUUCUUCAAGCGACUGGGCCAGCUGAUGGGUGAGGCUGAUGCCAUACUAACGCAGCAGCUUCUGGUGGAUGGCAUCCUUCCGAGUCUCUCCCCACUCCUGGUGGACACCGCCGGCAAGCGGGAGCCUCUUUGCGAAGUCGUCUAUGCAUACACACAGCCUCAGACUUUGGCACGGCUGAAUGUGCUGCGCGGCCUGAAGGAAGGGAUGGAGAGCAUGCCAGCCUACAUCUGCUGCCUUUCGUAUUUGCUUCCCAUGGAGCUUGAGGUGGGCUUGGAUGACGAACACCUGCUCCGUCACUACCAGUACUAUGCAUUGCUGGCAUUGCAGAGAAAAGAGCCGAGCGUGCGGGUCGCCGGCCUCACGAUGCUCCGCCUUGUGCUCCAGUCGCCGAAUUUCCCUCAGAAUGUGUUGCAAGAGGUGCACAGCUUCGCUGGCCUCGUCCGGGAUGAAUGGUGGGAGGUUCAAGGUCAGCUACUUCUCCUGGCAAGCAGCCUUCUAGAGCACAUGGCAGCUCCUGGCCAAGCCGAUGCGGAAGUCAGUCAUGUCCUGGUGAAUGUCGCGGUAGAGCUUUUAGAAGGUAAAGGCUCUUCGAAGAUGGUGCUGCAGAUCGGUCUGUGCUGUUUGGCCAAGGUCUUGAAGCCCUACCCUGCGCUGUUGCCUGCUUACGUCGCCGCUCUGCUCAGGCAUCCGGCGAAUUUCCGGCACCGACUGCUGGAAUCCCAUUCUCAGGCAAUGCAUGGUACGGCACCAUCACGGCGAAAGCGCUAUGUUAUGGGCACAUCCUGCCGGGUCUACGAGGAGUGCUGCAUUUCCGACCAGUGGCCGGCCGUGGAUGUGGCGAGGACUUUGGCCGAGCAGUGUGGCGCCGAGAACUUGCCACACUUCGAGCCAGAACAUCUCGAGGUGCUCACCUCGUGUAUGCCGGCACCGGACGUUGACAUUGACAACGGCUGGCUUGCAGUCUUCGAAAAGGUAAAGAUCUACAUCUUCGUAGCUGCUUUGGACCCGGUGCUGCAUACAGGAGCCGUGAAUGUCAUUCGCAGGUUUUGGCUUUGCCGUCCUCAGUCGCUGGCAUUGAGGGCUUUGGAUGCCUCGAAAAAGACACUCUUGCAGACCCUGCGCUUAAACUACAGCGACGCUGCAAAUGCACAGGCGCGCGUCGAGGAGAGAGUGCUCGUCGAUUUCCUGAGUGAGAUGCGAGAUGCGGGUGGUGCCGUUGCCCAGACGCUGCAGGGUGUCGUGGACCAGUUUCGAGAGGUGCACAAUGCAGAGUUCCAGCGGUCUUCCUUGGCGAAACUCUUCGACUAG